AUGACGCCUCUGGGGUUCGUGGUGAUUAUUAAGAGGACCGGCAUCGAAGGCUUUCGCUACCCCCUACAGCAGGCUACCUGCUUGUUAGGAAGGGGGGCCGAAUGCGAUAUCCGGAUCCAGCUUCCGGUAGUGUCCAAACAGCAGUGUAAGAUUGAGUUUGAUCAGCAGCUCAAGGAGGCUGUGCUGAUUAAUUUAAACUCCGUCAAUCCAACCCUCUUAAACGGAGUUACUUUUGUUCGUCCCACAAAACUAGUUCAUGGAGACAUCAUUACUAUCGUGGACCGCUCUUUCCGUGCCGGUUUUGUAGAUCCAGACUUAGUAGGGGUUUUUCUUCAGAUGGGCAAAGCCACAGCUAUUGCCUCAGGCCUGUCUCAGACCUUUCUGACCCCCUCAGUACUGAAUUUGCCUCCCUUUUUGGAGCUAGAGGAACAUGGGUUACUAGACGAUAAAUUCCGAAGGGGAUCUCCAAGCAACCAAUACCAAAGGAGAACUGUCCAAGUAUUCAAAAAUAUUCACGCAAAAUACACUGAAGAGAACAUUUCAAGGCAAUUCUCACUUCUGCAAUCUCUGGAAGCAAAAAUAAUUGCAAAUAAAUCUAAAAACUAUGAUGCUUCAGAUAAUACGGGAGACCAUCUUCCUGGUAAAGCUCCAACUUUAGAAAGCAGCAGUGAGGAUAAUGCGAGCCAAUUUUCAACACCUGAACAUCCAGGGAAGAGCAAAAAGAAUACUAACUCUCCUUUUAAGCAACUUUUUGGUCUGAUGAGAGAAGAAUUAAACUCUAAGUGCCAGCAAAUAGGUGAUCACCUUAAUCGAAAAUCGGAGCCCUCCAUCCAGGUCAGUAUGAGUGGCAGAGAAUGGGAAACGGAGCUCCUACACUUACCUCGGUCCAAACCUAUCCGGAGGAGUGAGGUUGUCGGACUUAGCCAGAGUUGGCAUGAGCCUCAAAAGAAAGGGCAGGAGGCGGUGGCGGCCCUCCCCAAAGAAGGGGUCUCUGACACCUCCAAGAGCCCUUCAGCAAAGGGAGCUGAGGCCCACGCACAAGAGCAUAAGAGCCCAAGAAGCAAAAGGCGGAAGAGUGAAUCGCUGCUGUCCCCUGUUAAGACCUCAGGAAAAAGAAAGAGUAAAGCAGGAAGUGGGAAGGACAAGCAGAAGUCUGUGAGUGGUACCCGUGUGGGGUCCCCCUCAGUGGAGGCCCAGAGCCCCCAGACUCUGUACACACUCCGCUCCCAAACCAAGAAGCCCGAGGCAAGCCCCUUGGGAAAUGAUAAGAAGGAGGCUGUGACAGCUGCCAAGGCCACACCUGCUGAGAAGCUUGUUCUCAAACAAAGUGACCCUAACGGUGGAGGCGAAACCAUGAAUCUGGUCCAAAAGAAAGGAAGCCCAAAGGGAAAUAAGAGUGCUGAUACCCAACUUAAUCCAAAGAGAGCUUCCAGUUCAGACCAAAUAUUAAAGAAAAUUCAAGAUGAACUCUAUUUUGAAGAUAAUGUCAGUGAAGGUGAAGAAUCAUCUGCUAAAAGGCGGAGAGUUUCUUUUGGAGUCCAUCUAAGACCUGAGUUGUUUGAUGAAAACUUACCUCCCAAUACACCUCUUAAAAGAGGAGAAACCCCAGGAUUAAGAAGAACGUCACUUGGGAGGGCCGUCCUGAAAAAAUCAAUAAUUAAGCUUACAUCGGAGAAAGAGGCUUCCUCCUCCGCUGCUCAUGUAGAGCAAAAGGCCGCCCUGGGCCAGUCGUCUACUCUCAGUCCUAAGGCCUCGGCCACAGCUGCGGCCCCGGCCCCGGCCCCGAGGGAGGCGAGCUCUCCAGCCUGCUUGCCCAGUAAGGCGCCGCCGCCUGCUCCUGUUGUGGGAGACCCGGCCCGGAAGACAAACAGGAGAAGCUCCUCCGGAAGAAGAAGUCAGCAUGAUGCUCUGCAAACGAUUUUUGCCAAGAGGAGGAGUGGCGCAUCGGAAGCCAACCUCAUGGUUGUACAAUCUUGGGCAGAUGUGGUGAAAUUAGGUACUAAAAAAUCACAAGGAGAGGUUGUUGUAAAACAUGGUCUUGAGAGAAGAAAAAUAAAAAAACAGAAGAGAUGUUUAACCCCAAAGAAGCCAGCAAACCAAGCUCAGAAUCACUUUAGCACAGGGCAUGCCAACUCUCCCUGCACAAUAGUGAUUGGGAGAGCCCACACUGAGAAAGUGAUCAUACCUGCACAACCCUAUAGGGUGCUUAACAACUUGAUUUUAAAUUCAAAGAUGGAUAUGAAUGAGGAUUUAACAGGACUUGAUGAAAUGUUUAGAACCCCUAUGACUGAGAAACAAAAAACCGCAAACGUGUGUCCUGAGAGUCCAACUCCACAAUUUUUGUGUGGAGAAAAGGCUAAAGCAUGCACUUCUUCAGAUGAAGCUCUGAUAAAUACUUCGGACAAACUGGGUUGGUUUUCCUCUUUUUUCUUUCCUUCUGGGAAUUUUUGGAUGGCAAGUCACUGAAAUGUUUUGUAAUUGCCAAUAGCUACUGGGAUUUUACUGAUGCGGACCCAUUGUCUUCCCAUGUUGAACACAGUUCCUUCCAUGCCACAGAAAGGGGAAUUGUGGAUUUUUGAUUAGUGAAUCAAAAUUAUAUUAUACAUUCACAUGGGAGAAUAAGCAUACAUUUUAACCAUCAUAAACCAUUUUUUAUAACUAUA